GCCUUAGAAGUAUACAGACGCCAAUUUGGAUAACUUGUAUAUCAGCAGUAAAAUGCCUCCUAUACCUACAGAGACCCAGGAGAAGGGUCAAAAGCCUAUACACAACCCGUGGCUUGAAGUCCGCUCACUGUGGACCAACCAGGCGAUUCAGGAUGGCGAUUUGAAGGCGCUCAGGAGGAUAUCUUCUCUACCUGGUGGCUUUGGUGGAGAAGAGGAACGAAAAAGGGCUUGGGCCUUCUUGCUGGGAACGAGCAAACUUGACAGUGCUAGCAGCGAGGCCGGGCCGUCAAAACUUCCAGUAACUACCCAGCCAAUACUGGCGAAGGCGACUGAAGAGAAGCCGGAAAUUGGGGAAGAUAGCAAAAACAGUAGAGAGCCUCAACCUCAUAAGGACGAAACUCAGGUUAAGUUGGAUACUGAUCGAUCAUUCGUAACUUACCCGAAAGAGAUAACGUCAGAAAACAAACUAGCCAUGCAAGAAGAUCUAUAUGAUCUGAUAGUCAAUGUGCUGAGAAAGUACCCUACAUUAAGCUACUUCCAGGGAUAUCAUGAUAUACUUUCCGUGUUCUAUCUUACGUUCGUACCUGCAAAACAAGAUAUACGGCGCCCAUCCUUCAGAUUACGGAGGCAAACUCGAAGUCGGAGCAGGAGUGGCCGGGGUACACCCACCAACGUGCUGGAGGAGAAGGUGACAAUAGAAGAGGAAAAACUCGAAUUUGAAUCGAAACCUGACGAAGAGCCGGGGCAAAAGAGGGAUACUCAGAGUUGGCGAGAGCUCAGAAAAUGUGCAGAAUCGGUCAGCUUGAAUAGGGUGCGAGACGCCAUGGGCUCAGGCAUGGAAGGGAUGAUGGCUCUUCUCCGGAUACUCAAAAGACUCCUCGCGCACGCGGAUCCAGAGCUCUCUCACUUCUCUUCUCUCAUUUCACCGGUGCCUACGCUGCCGUUCUUCGCCCUCUCAUGGGUGCUCACAUUGUUUUCUCAUGAUUGUGAUUCAUUAGAGCCUAUUCAGCGAAUGUUUGACUACCUUCUGGCUAGGAACCCUAUCGCGGCUGUGUAUCUUUCUGCCUCCAUUUUGAUAAGCAAGAAACCACGGAUGUUCGCAUUGGCCAAGAAACUUGGACGCGAAUAUCAAGAAGACCCUUCACUCCUGCAUCCUUUAUUUGUCCUUAUCCCGCCGCUAUACCCAGACACACCGUCCUCACCCAAUCCUCAAACGUCUCCCUCAAUCUCACCAAGCGAACUCGAGUUGCACAAUCCCGAUAUAAACCCGUACUCUCCUAUACGGCUCUCAGAUAUCUUCCAACUUGCAGACAGAUUAUUAGAAGAAUAUCCUUGGGAUGGACCUCUGAUACGAGGGAGGGAGAUCAUGGGUCCAGGAAGCGUAAUGGUCACUUACGAUCAAGAGUGGUCAGAAGAAGAAUGGACGGCCGAAAAGGCCUUGCAAUAUGUGGAUGUGGAGGUCGUUCAGCCCGGCGCGGCUGUCAUGGACGAGGACGAAUUAGUACCAUCACCCACACCUCGAAGAGUGACCAACCCAGCUCUAUGGGAAGUUUUGAAGAAGGUGAAGCCGGGUACAUUAGUAGCAUUAGGAGUGGUUUUCUUAGGUGUGGGCAUGGCAGUGUAUGGGGUCAAAUUGGAAGGUAGGGGUGUGGUGACAUGGAGAAGAGUAAUAGUCGGGGUUUGGCGGGGUGCGCGGAAGGCCUAUCAGGAGUCAAAUUUGUAUCCUGUCUAGUAAUAAUAG